AUGGAGAAAGAGGAUAUUAAAGUUGUUCCAGUUUGGGUCAAGAUGCAUGAUGUGCCGUUAACGGCAUUUACCGAGGAUGGUCUGAGCUUGGUUGCUUCUAAGAUUGGGAUUCCUAAGAUGUUGGAUUCGUAUACUGCCACGAUGUGUGCUGAGUCGUGGGGAAGAAGCAGUUAUGCUAGAGCGCUUAUUGAAGUUCAGGCAGGAGUCGAGUUAAAGAAGAGUGUUACUAUUGCAAUUCCAUCUUUGGAUGGUAAUGGUCAUUCAAUGGUAGAGAUCAGAAUUGAGUAUGAUUGGGAGCCUUUAAGGUGCGCCUCUUGCUGUGUAUUUGGUCACGAUGAUAGCUCGUGCCCAAAGAACCCUCAGGAUGUGGGUGCUAAGAAAAAGAAAGUGAAUAACCAAGGCCUCCAUAUGAAAAAUCAGAAGCCUAAGUUAGUUUACAGACCAGUUGUCAAGCCUAAACCAAAGUCGUCCUUAAGGAAUCCAAACCAGGUAUCAACGUCAAGCCCUUUUGAUGUCCUUAAGGACGAUGAUGGUAAUCAGGGAGGUAGCACAGUGGGUCGAGUGGAGAAGAAAGCUGCGCAGUCUAGUAGUGACAAGCAGGAUUCAGAUGAGGAGGAGGUCGUGGAAGCCUAUAAUGAAACUAGUGAAUUUAUGACCUCGGGUAUACAUUCGUCUUCUUCGAGAGCUAAGGCUAGCUCCUCUUCCACAAAAUUCUUCAAUGGAUAG